AUGGAAUUCGACGACCGAUACAGGCAAGCUCAGAGGACCAAAUACGAUUGCCUUCUGUUUGAUCUAGAUGACACACUAUAUCCCUACAGUACUGGGAUUGCUACAGCAUGCAGAAACAAUAUAGAAGAUUAUAUGGUUGAAAAGCUUGGCAUUGAGAGGAGCAUAAUCCCUGAAUUGGGUAACCUGCUGUACAAGAAUUAUGGAACUACAAUGGCUGGUCUCAGGGCAAUUGGCUAUGACUUUGACUAUGAUGAAUAUCACAGUUUUGUCCAUGGAAGAUUACCUUAUGAGAACAUAAAACCUGACCCGGUCUUGAGGAAUCUUCUGCUGAACCUGCCUUAUCGGAAAAUCAUUUUCACAAAUGCAGACAAGGUCCAUGCUGCUAAAGCACUAAGCAGGCUUGGAUUGGAAGACUGUUUUGAAGGGAUUAUUUGCUUUGAGACCCUCAAUCCUACUCACAAAAGCAUUGUCUCUGAUGAUGAAGAUGACAUUGAGUUUGUGGGAUCUGCAGCUGAAGUUCCUGCAACAACAACUAGCAGCUCUCAAAUUUUUGACAUCAUUGGCCAUUUUGCUCAACAAAACCCCACUUCCAAAUUACCCAAAACACCAAUUGUGUGCAAGCCAUCAGAAGCCGCCAUAGAACGGGCUCUCAAGAUAGCCAACAUUGAUCCUCAGAGAACACUGUUCUUUGAAGAUAGUGUCCGCAACAUACAAGCUGGCAAAAGAGUGGGACUUCAAACCGUGCUGAUUGGGACAUCCCAGAGAGUUAAAGGCGCAGAUUAUGCACUAGAAAGCAUUCACAACCUCAGGGAAGCACUGCCAGAGCUUUGGGAGGUUGAAAUGAAAUCUGAAGUUCGUUACUCUGGGAAGGUUGCAGUGGAGACAUCAGUCACAGCUUAG